AUGUUUUCUGGUGAUCCCGUUCAUCAAAUUAUUGGGAGUUUGAGUGGGACAUUGGGGUAUGUAAUGAGUGAGGUUGAAGAAGGAAAGCCACUGAGCCAAGUUGUUAAAGAUACUAAAAGUCUGGGGUAUACUGAACCAGAUCCACGUGAUGACCUUGCUGGAUUGGAUGUCGCUAGAAAGGUUCAAUGCAUUCUAGGAAUACCAUGCUCUCCAAGAACUAAAAGAAUGAUAGGGAACCUAGCUGUGAAGAGUCCCGAAUGA